GUAGUGAUUGGGUGAUGGUAGAACCCUGAUCGGAGGGAUCUAACUGGGCCGAGCAGGCUGAAGUGAAGAAGCAGGACUUUUCGUGCCCGUUUUGGUGCUCACGCUGGCCAUCCGAUGACCAAGUUCUGAAAAGUCCAUCUGCGCUGUCUUUGCAGUUUUUCAGCCCGAGACUUCGAGAAUAACAUCAUGGCUGUCUUGUCCUCCUCCAAUCUCCUGCUCCUUCUCCUAAUUUCUUUUCUGGACUGGCUGUCGACUCCAGGAUCUGCAUUUGUCAUGGGCCGGGACCACGUGACGUCAUCAGCCCCCGUUGAACCUCACAUCACAGAGUGCACAUCGAGGAACCAGGAGACUUUCCGAUGUUGGUGGAGUCCAGGGAACUUCCACAACCUGUCCUCCCCUGGAACACUCAGAUUAUUCUACCUUAAGAAAGUCUUGCCCACCAGUGAAUGGAGAGAGUGUCCGGAGUACAUUUAUUCAAAUAGGGAGUGCUUCUUUGAUAUGAACCACACAUCUAUUUGGAUCCCCUACUGCUUGCAGCUCCGCAGCCAAAACCUCACCUAUUUCAAUGAGGAUGACUGUUUCACUGUGGAGAAUAUCGUACAUCCUGACCCACCAGUGUCUUUAAACUGGACCCUGCUGGAAAUAAGUCCCUCUGGGCUAAGUUAUGAUGUCAUGGUCAACUGGGAGCCCCCACCCUCUGCAGACGUAGAGACAGGCUGGAUGCGCAUUGAGUACGAGAUCCAGUACAGAGAGAGAAAUUCCACAAACUGGGAAGCGUUGGAGAUUCAGCCGCAAACACAGCAGACAAUCUACGGUCUGCACAUAGGAGAAGAAUAUGAAGUGCACAUCCGCUGCAGGAUGCAGGCCUUCACUAAGUUUGGAGAGUUCAGCGACUCCAUCUUCAUUCAAGUGACGGAGAUUGCCAGCAAAGAGUCUACUUUCCCGCUCACACUGGUUGUUCUUUUCGGGAUCGUGGGCAUCCUCAUACUUAUCAUGCUUAUUGUCGUCUCUCAGCAGCACAGAUUGAUGUUGAUUCUUUUGCCUCCGGUACCUGCACCCAAAAUUAAAGGCAUCGAUCCAGACCUGUUAAAGAAGGGGAAGCUGGACGAGCUGAAUUUCAUCCUGAGUGGCGGAGGUAUGGGCGGCCUACCCACUUAUGCUCAGGAUUUCUACCAAGCCGAGCCAUGGGUGGAGUUCAUAGAGGUGGAGGCUGAGGAUGCAGAUACUGGAGAGAAGAAGGACAACCAGGGCACAGACACCCAGAGGCUGCUAUCCCAACGCAUCAGCCGCCACAUAAACAUGGGCUUUCCUGAUGAUGACUCAGGACGGUCCAGCUGUUGUAACCCAGAUCUGCCGGACCAAGACACCCUAAUGCUGAUGGCCACCCUGCUGCCAGGCCAACCGGAGGACAGAGAAGCCUCCUUCAAUGCUGUAGAAAGAGCCCCAACCCCAGAAAGAGGAGAGAGCCUCCUGGUCCAAACUCAAACUGAAGGGCCCCAGACUUGGGUCAACACAGACUUCUAUGCGCAAGUCAGCAAUGUGAUGCCCUCUGGGGGUGUGGUACUCUCUCCUGGCCAGCAACUCAGAAUCCAGGAGAGCAGCUUAGCCACAGAGGAGAAAACACAAAAGAGGGAAAUAAAGCACAAAUGGAGUGAGGACGUUGAUGACAAUAAUCAGAAGGAGCUGCAGUUUCAGCUGCUGGUGGUGGAUCCAGAAGGAAGCGGCUACACCACAGAGAGCAUCGCCCGGCAGAUCAACACAUGCCCUAGCUUCCCCGUGCCUGGCGAGGGUUAUCAAACCAUACCCCCUCAGCCGGUGGAGACCAAACCUGGAGCCACAGCAGAGGAUAAUCAAUCGCCUUACAUUCUUCCUGACUCUCCCCAAUCCCAGUUCUUUGCCCCUGUUGCAGACUACACAGUGGUACAGGAGGUAGACAGUCAACACAGUCUGCUCCUGAACCCGCCCCCCCGCCAGUCUCCCCCUCCAUGCCCGCCACAGCACCAACUCAAGGCUAUGGCUGCUAUGCCUGUAGGGUACAUCACCCCAGACCUGCUGGGGAACCUCUCACCCUAAAAUGGCAAUGUCAUCAUACCUUUUAAGGACCAUGAAGUCCCUAACAGUCACAAAAGCCUGUUUCUACCUAAAACCAAAUAACUUGCACAGUGUGGAUUAGAGUGUACAGGCGUUUGUUUCCAGAGGGUGCUGAAAGGGGAAAUUUGAAAAGCUACCAAGGUGGAUUCUUUACUCUUUCACAUCUGCUACAUUACUUAAUUUGAUGCAAAGGCAGACAGAAGGAAACACCACAAACCCGCUGUAUUUGUUGACAUCCAUGCACAAUACACACAGAUAGUAGACUGCAACUGGGAUUGCAUUGAGUCAAAAAGCAUUAAGUUUACUGCUAAACUACGUUGGAUCACGUUACAUAUCUGGCUAAUUGUGUUUAGAGCAAUGGCAUCGUUGAAGUCUUAAUGUUAAAGAGAGAUGUCAGUGUAUGAUUGAUCGGGAGAAGCACAUUGUAGUCAUGUUUUUCACACCACACCAAGAAGAAGCUGUGAUUAAUACCUCUUGCUGGCAGAGAUGUUUUGCUGCUCAAUUGUGGCUUAUUUUGUAUUCUUCUAUUUGUUAUUACAUUUUGUCAUCUUAUUAGUACUUUAAGGAAAAUCCACCCUAAAAUGCAGUUGAAAACAAUACUAUGCAAUUAUACCUUGCAAUCCUGGCUUCAUUUUAUUUAAUGGUAAGCUGAUCACAUUACCAUGGAAAUGUGGCCAAACGUAGAUAAUAUGAUGUCAAGAUAUUUUUAUCUAUCUACAGCCACAGUAGUGUAGUAGAAGAAAUACUUUCAACAACUGAAAAGAACACACGGUACAAAUCAGCACACACAUAGUACAUAAAUCACUGGGGAAAACCUAACUGAAGUAAAAGUAGAGGUGACAAAUAAAAGGGAACCAUUUUAUCUAAUUCCUGCAAUGCAUUGGAUAUUACAGACUGAUAAUACAAUUCAAACCAUAGAAUAUGUUAGACCAUUUGAUUCUGACGUGCUUAGUGACAACAUGUUGCUUAUAGUGCUGAACGUUUUUCUUAUGGUAAGAGGAAUCCUUUAUUCAGAUUCAUUCACAGCUGGGAGCCUGCUGAAAACAAACAGUGCUUUAGUAUACUGAGCACCACCAAGUGCCUUGCUCAAGAGCACAUUGAUAUAGUUACACAAAGUACACCCUUAGCAGUUGUUAGAUUUCGUUCUGUGACAGCUGCAAAUUCUCACCUUUACCACUAGCACUCAGCCAUAAUUAUAUAUAAACUAAACCUUAAUGAGUAAGCUUUCUACUUAGGAGUAUUCUUCUCAUGAUGCAUUGUUACUGCAGGGACUGGAACAAGUUGAAAGACAGUGAAAGUAUUUAAAGCUGUAAUUAGCUAACAUUUUAUAGUUACACGUUAUCAACCUGUGCCUAUGAUAAUGUCAUUGGCUUGCCAUUUCUGUGCUAAGGAUCUGUGCAUUUAUGUAUUGCUAAGUACAUGCAAGUGCUGCUAUGUAUAGUUGAAUUGUUGUAAAGCCUCUCUGUUCAUAGAUCCAUGACUAAAAACCUGCACAUGCAUGAACACAGUAACAUGCAUGCGUAAACACACACUACAUCAAAAACAUUUGCCUUAAUUGAUAAUGAAUUUUGCCUUAAAUAAUGAGAUGAAAAUUGUGGAAGAAAAUAGUGUCAAUAGGUAAAUAAACCCUAACUUUCACGUUUCGGAUCAUACUCAUAAAGCUGACCACAAUUUCCAAACCCAAAAUGUCGUUCAGUGCUAGUGCUGAAAGACUUUAAAUUCCAUGUGGCGGUUUGAUAGAGCGACAGAUACAUACAAAGGUGUAGUAUGCCUUUUGGUCAGGCAUACUAGGUAAUAUGGGGGUAAUUAGUUAUGGAUUCCUGGUUACUUUGCCCCCAUACCUUUCUUAGAAUAACCACAUUUAGGGCAAAACCUUGGGCAGAAUCUGUUGCUUAAUCAUUUAUUUAGUCAGAUUAGCUUGUGGUGUAAGGUUGCCCUUGGUUCAUUGACCAUAUAUGCUUUUUUAUAAUGGCCUGUGUGGGUGAGAGGGUAGCAGAGAAAACCUAUUGUCAGAUUUUUAGGCUCCUAUGAAUUCCAACAUGGAGACUUUUACAAUAUGCCAAUAACAAACACAGCAGCAUUGCAUAUUGGAUACAAUAAGCUGUCUAAGCCUAGGCUAAUAGAGGUUGUGCGAUAUGUGUAUGUGUUAAUUUCAGUUACAGCGAGUCUAUAAUUGAGUCUGAAGUAUUAUUAUAUUAAAACAUCAAGGCAACCUCCAAAUGAGCACAACACAACAAAACAUACUUCACCGUGCAAAGGACACACAUCCUGACUGAUGUUGGUGUGGAAUCCUCCUUAAGAUAAGCAGGCUAAGCAGAUAGAAUAGAUAUUUUAUAUUAGACAAUCCAAUAAAGAAGAGAGACAAAGUAAGAGCCAUAAAAUGACAAUUUUUAAAACUGUGAAUAUGAUACAUAUAUGUGCCAUUUUUCUCUUUCUGUCUCUCAGAGCUCAGUGUCCUGUUGUUGCUGCCUAGUGCUGAUGACACCAGCAAUGCAAUGCUGUUCCAGAAAUGUCUUAAUAUAUUUGCUAGUGCUGUAAAAUUACAAGUGUAUAUAUAUAUUUGUAUGUCGAUAAUGUCACUAAUCACAAUAUGUUGCUGCUCGGUACAUGUAUAUUUCCUGCAAUUAGCCUUACUGUAGUGGGAAGGGAAAGAAGAGAGAGAGAAUACAUCAAUCUCUGUGUUGGGUGGAUGUUUUGGUGUUAAAACCUGCAAAUUAGAUGUUUCUGAAAUUGUUUUGCCUGGGAGAAAUGGAAAAGGUUUUGUUCAGCUAUCUGAUCAGUCGUCAGAGCAAGAAAAGAACCGUUAUUGCCCCAAAUGUGAUAUAUAGUCACCUAAUGAUGCUCAUCCAACGUUCAGUGUUCCAACCCAUCCAAAGAUCCCCACAAGGCUUUCUGUCUAUAUGAAGGAAGAUUAGAUAAUGGGUCGGGUUGGGGGGGGGGGUCUUUGUCAGUUGUACCGUGGUAAUUGUGAAUGUGUGCAAACUGGAAUUCGCAAUGCAAUUACGAUGCCAAGGAAAUGUUGGGAACACAAAUAACGUUAAAUCACUGAAAGGUCUUUUUUUUUUUUUUCAAAGGUUACAGCAAGGAAGAUGAAUUUGAGGUGCUUUUUUUUUUGUUCAAGCUUACUGUACAGGUGUUUACUACAUUGUGUCUGCAAUUUUCUUUUUUUGCCAGUACACAAUGAGCCCAUUCUUAACCUAGUGUAAAACUGUUAUUUCAAGCUUAUAAAUGUCAGACACUUUAGAGCAAGCACUUUGUACAUAUAUCCGAUGUUAAAAAUAGUAUUCACUUUUUUUUUUAAUAUUGUAUUUAGGACUAAAUUAAGUCUAUGAACUACUUGUUAUUGUAAAACAGCAUUAUAUCUUUUUUUAUUCCGCACGAUAAUUAGACAAUGAGGAACUUUCAAUAUUGAUAAGCUUAAGUUUUGUCCUGCAGAGUUUAUGUUUAUGGGACAUAUUUUACACUACCAGAUUGAUAGAAUAAUGUACUGUAAUGGAGUAUUUAAUGUUUGCUAUACGAUUUAUGGAUAUAUAGAGCAGGUAGAUAUAGUAUUUUAUAAAGUCAUUUAAAAAUAUAGGCAGAGUGAAAGAGUUACAUUGUAACUCUACACUCUUACAGUUCUCCCACUAUGUGAUUUUAGCAUUUAAUUAUUAAAAAAGUGCAUUUGAAGGGGCUGCAGUGUUUUAUAAUGAUGUCUUUUGGCCUCCAGCUUCUUGGUUUUGUGUCGGCUUUUGUCGCUCAAUAAAGCCGUGAAGUAAUCUUGAGUGCUGGAAUUUGUGCUGGUUGAAACUUUUUACCAAAGAGCGUUUAGCCAGACAUUUAAUUUCCAGUGGUUUAAGGAAAUAGUGUAAUUAUUGACUUGAUUUCUAUCCGUGUGUUAUUUAUUUGUCUGCUUAGCGUCCCCAGAUCACCCCACCACCUCAUCAGACCACAGUGCAUAGGGCAGCGGGAGUUACGUGUGCACAGUUAUUCUCUGACGUGUUAUCCAGGCUCGUAAAACUGGAAAUAUUCUGCUUGUCACAAUUGGUAACGGCUGCAUUGUGCAUCGCAAUUGUAAAAACCUCUGACCUAAAAUGUAUCGGUUUGUAUUUGCUUCAUUAGUCGACAUGACUGCACCAUAUUUCCAGCCCCCCUUGGCCUUGGAGUCACUGUUUUUGUCUGUUGGCUGCUGUUUUACUCAAGGCCAAGAACUGUGUUGAUCUUUGAUGAUUUGAUAUUGUUCUCUUACCAGUUGAGCCCUUCUGGUUUUAUGUGUGUGAUCAAGAAGCUUUGAACAAGUUACACAAUAAAUGUAUACAGCAUCUUAA